AUGAAUGAGUUGAACGCCUAUGCAAAAGCAGGACAAAUUGUUCAAGAAGUAUUUAAUUCACUUCGUACUGUUCUAUCAUUAAAUGGCGCCAAUUUUGAGCAAAAAAGUAUUUACAUUCAAUCAUUUGCGGAAGGUCGAGGUGCAGCUGCACCAGUGUUUCAACUUCUUGACGAGGAGCAAGAACUCAGUAUAAAUGAAAGAGAAAUAUGGGGUAAAAACUCACCAGAGAAAGAAUCAAUUGAUAUCAAUGGGGAUAUUGAAUUUGACAAUGUGACUUUUGCUUAUCCAUCUCGAGAAGAUAUAUCUGCUUUGCAUAAUCUUACUCUCAUAGCUCGUGCUGGUGAAACGACUGCUCUUGUUGGUUCUAGUGGUUGUGGAAAAAGUACAUGCAUUUCACUUCUGCUUCGUUACUAUGAUUUUUCAUCAGGUCGAAUUAUGAUCAACGGUCGAUCAAUUACAGACUAUGAUCGUAGACAACUUCGACAAAAUAUUGGGGUUGUUAGUCAAGAGCCUAUUCUUUUUAAUAUGAGUAUUUAUGAGAAUAUUCGUUUUGGUAAAUUAGAUGCAUCACAAGCAGAGAUUGAAGAAGCAGCAAAACAAGCUAAUGCACAUUAUUUCAUCAUGCAAUUACCAAAUAAAUAUGAAACACUUGUUGGCGAACGUGGUAUACAAUUGAGUUGUGGGGAAAAACAACGUGUUGCUAUAGCUCGUGCACUCGUCAAACAGCCUACCCUACUUUUGUUAGAUGAAGCGACAAGUGCACUUGAUAAUAUUAGCGAAACUCUCGUUCAAGAGGCAGUUAAUCGAGCAUGCAAAGGUCGCACUACUAUUGUUAUCGCUCAUCGUUUAACUACGAUUCAAAAUGCUCAUCAGAUAUAUGUUAUGGAUAAGGGAUGCGUAAUUGAGCAUGGCACGCAUACAACUUUAAUGGCACAACAAAAUGGUAAAUAUCGGAAAAUGGUAGACAGUCAACAUAUAAAAGAAAUUGAUCAUGGUAUAGACCAAGUCACGGAUAAAGAAGACGAAUUCGAUAAAGUCGAAAGGGAAAUUUUUGAACAAUCUCAUUUAUCUAACGAGAAUCAACUCGUUGGUGAUGAUAAAAAAAGUUUACCACCAUUAAGUGGACAAAUCAUCUUUCUAAGACUUUUAUCAAUGAACAGUCCGGAAUGGAUCAUUCUUUCAAUUGGUGCUGUUGCAUGUCUACUUUCUGGAGCGGUUCAACCAUUAUUCGCCGUAUUACUUGCCAACAUAAUCAAUCUUACUGUCGAAGUCAAUCAAAAUAUGCGUACAGUAAAACAGUUGACAAUAGAAAAUGAAGUUCUACAAAAAUUUACUGAUCUGAUUGAUCAUUCAUCAAAAAUACAUCGAAAAUAUUCAUUACUAUCAGCAAUUACAUUCGGUAUUAAUACUGGAACACAUGGAUAUAUUUUCGGAGCUCUUCAUUGGUGUGCUCUCACUCUACUUGAACGCAAUGAAAUAGACCUCAAAUAUAUAAUAAUGUAA